AUGGGGCAGGGCAAGGAAAGGCUGUGCAUUGAAGGUUCCAUGCUGACUAGGCUCCUCCGGUGUUUCCUUGAUGGGAAAUCCUUUGGGCUCACCCUGCAACUGUGGGAUGUGCUCAUCUUGGAGGGCAAGCAGGUACUGACAGCCGUGGCGCAUGCAUCAUUCAAAAUACACAGGGAGCGCCUCAUGAAGCUUUCCUGGAGCACCGCCUGGGAGUUUCAGGAGUGACUCUCUCAGAGCUGGGCCCUGGAGGACAACACAGUCCUCAGGAACCUUCAAACCUCUAUGAAGGAACUCACAAAAAAACACCAGGACCUGCUACCCCCAGGAGAACUCAAGCGAGAGUCCUCGAGGGUGUCUCCUGGCAUUGGGCCCCUCUGUGAGGGGGACAGAUUGGCCCUGCCCAGCCCACCAGCUCAGCCUCCCUGGGACAAAAGCCUUGUCCUCCCCCAGCCUGGCCUGACAGGGUUGUCUCCAUGGCUGAGGCCAAGACCCCGCAGCACAAAGGGGCUUCCCCAGAACCCAGGGCAGCAGGCUGCUCUCUGGGUGGCCCAGAGGAUCAAGAUGUGGCCAGCCUGUUUCCCGGUGAGGUCAGGCCUCGUAUUACAUGAAAAUACCUGUGCUGGGACUCUAUGCCACACCUCCACACAGACCUGGAUGCUGGGAUCCAUGGUUUCCCUACUACGA